GAAUGAGUUCCCACUAGACUAGACUCAAUUUAUAGAAGAAGAACAGAAAACUUCUUCUUCCUCUAAACCUCACAACUCUUUUCCUCCCUCAUCUCUAGAUAAAACAGCAAAGAAGAAGAAGCAGCAAACUUAACGUAUCAUCAGCUCUUUCGGUUUUCUCUUUGAUCACGUAAAAUGGGGAGGGAAGAAGAUCACGAGCUUCUCCAAGAGCUCCGCCGCAUGUUGGUCGCCUCCGCCGGCCAAGACAAACCACAGCUUCCACAAAAACGCUUCUCAGUCAAAAGCGCUUCUACUGAUCAUGACUCGGAUAACAAGCUGGUAUGCGUCACAAGCGGCGUUUCCUUCUUGGGUCUCGCCGUCGUCAACCGCCUCCUCCUCCGCGGCUACUCCGUCCGCAUCAUCGUUGACAACUCCGUGGACGUUGAGGAACUGAGGGAGAUGACGACGGCGAAUGUUAACGUCACUGUAGUUAUGGCGAAGCUAGCAGAAGUUGAAAGCUUAUCACAAGCAUUUCAGGGAUGUCGUGGCGUCUUCCACACCUCUGGAUAUACCGACCCUGCUGGCCUCUCGGGGUACACUAAAUCCAUGGCUGGGAUAGAAGUGAUGGCAACUGAGAAUGUGAUGAGGGCAUGCGUGACAGCGACGGUAAGAAGAUGUGUGCUCACUUCUUCACUUUUAGCCUGUGUUUGGCAAGAGCAAAAUGACCUCUCCACAAUCCCUGUGAUCAACCAUGACUCCUGGAGCAAUGAGUCACUCUGCAUACACAAGAAGCUGUGGUAUGCUUUGGGCAAGCUUAGAGCAGAGAAAGCUGCAUGGACAUUAGCAAAAGAAACUGGGUUGAAGCUCACUACAAUCUGCCCAGGUCUCAUUACUGGUCCUGAAUUUUGCUCAAGAAACUCAACAGCGACAAUUGCAUAUCUCAAAGGAGCGCAAGAGAUGUACCGAAGUGGCGUGCUAGCAACCGUGGACGUGAUGAGACUAGCAGAAGCACAUGUAAGUGUGUAUGAGGAAAUAAAAAAAUCGGCAUUUGGUAGAUACAUUUGCUUUGAUCAAGUCAUUGAAACAGAGAAGCAGGCAGAGAAGCUAGCAGGGGAGACGAGUCUGACAAGGAACAAGAUAUGUGGAAAUGAAGAAGGCUCUAGCAUUGUUCAUCAUCUUAGAUAUGAAUUGUCCAAUAAGAAACUUACAAAUCUCUUGUCAAGAACACUGAGGAGUUGCAACAACCAAAACCAAGAAUACUAUUAA